AUCAAAAAAAAUACUGGAUAUCCUUAAUACCCACGUGAUCGGAAAAUGGCGGAUCGUCAAAACACAAAUCCGUUCCUCGAUGACGAUAGUAUUUUAGAAGAAAAUACCAUAGCACAGUCUCCAAAAUCUGAUGAAUCGACAGAAAUGACCUUAGAUUCUCUAGCAGCUAGACUUCUCAAAGAAAAUUUACUGUUAACGGCCCUAGAACUGCAUACGGAAUUGACUGAGCUGGGAAGGGAAGUCCCACGUCUAAGGGAUUAUUUUUCAAAUCCAGGAAACUUUGAAAGAACUAAAGAGGACCUUACAUCUCCUACAUUGCAAAGAGCUUCCAGCAUACAAACUUUUGAUUCACUAGAUUUUGCUCGAUAUUCUGAUGAUGGUGGGGGGCAAGUAGAUGAAAGAGUUGCAGUUCUGGAAUUUGAGUUGAGAAAAGCACAGGACACAAUCAAAUCACUACGAGCUAGUUUAACUAAAGAAGCAGAAACAGAUUCAGUUCCAGCUGAGCAAGUAAAUGAAGACACUAUAUCACCAAACAAGGACGAUCCAAUCAAACCAUUGGAAAGAAAAGCUUUAAACUUCCUGGUCAACGAGUACCUGUUACAGAACAAUUAUAAACUGACAUCAGUUACAUUCUCAGAGGAGAAUGAAGAACAGGAUUUUGAAGAUUGGGAUGAUGUAGGACUAAACAUUGCUCGACCACCAGACUUACUCCAUUUGUAUAAAGAUUUUGGUAGCCAUACAGCACCAUUGGUAGAAACCUGUAGUGUGGGCUGUAUGGUAUGCUUUGAAGAUGAGAGGAUUGCUGCUAUACAGGAACAACACAAACUGAUGUGUCAGGAAAUGGUAAGAUUAAUGUUGUAUAGGACUGUGGGCUGUAUGGUAUGCUUUGAAGAUGAGAGGAUUGCUGCUAUACAGGAACAACACAAACUGAUGUGUCAGGAAAUGGGGGAAGGGGAGGUAAAUAUGUAUGGUGUGCUACCAUUGGUAGAAACCUGUAGUGUGGGCUGUAUGGUAUGCUUUGAAGAUGAGAGGAUUGCUGCUAUACAGGAACAACACAAACUGAUGUGUCAGGAAAUGGAUAUAAGAAUCUCACAGUUAGAAAUAGAAUUAGAUUGUUGUAAAAUAGAGAAAGAUCAACUGAUGUUACAGUUAGAAGAUUAUAAAAGCAAUACAUAUAAUAAUGAUAAAGUGAUACACUCCACACCAUCCAAACCAUUAAAUUCUACCAAGAAAUCAGACAACUCAGACCGUGUGUCGUUAAACUUAUCUGAAAAUAGUGUUGACAUUGUGGAAAAUGGUAUGUUCUCUAUAAGAGAAAUGGGGGAUGGUUCAGAAACUUUGUCUGUCAAUCAAAUAACAUGUGACUCUGUAUCUGAGUCAUCAGAGACCAAUCAAAAUGAAGAUAGAAAUACAAAUGAGAAUACAAGUGAAAUGAAUCAAAAUGAGGAACCGACAGUAGACACAACAGAGGGAACACAAUCUCGUAAGGAAAAACCACCUGAUAAAGGACAACAACGUGAUAAAAAUCUGUCAAGAAGAACAUCAGUAUCAUUCCAGAGAGCUUUACGAGAUGUGUGUUUCCAUGUUUCCAAAGAUAAUAGAUUGAUAAAUGAGGUGUCUCAGAUAGUAGGAUCAGAUACUGACACUGUAGUGUUGAUGUUAAGUCGAUGUCUGCCACAUAUUGUACCUAAUGUGCUGUUGGCUAAACGUGAGGAGUUAAUUCCCCUGAUUAUAUGCACAGCCAUGUUACAUCCUAACAGUAAAGAUAGAGAUCGGCUACUGAAUAUUUUAUUCAAUCUAAUCAAAAAGCCAGAUGAAGAACAAAGGAACAUGAUACUGACUGGUAUUGUGGCAUUUGCUCAAAGUGUUGGUCAACAGAGGCUGGAGGAAGAAUUAUUACCUCAAUGUUGGGAACAGAUCAACCAUAAAUAUCCCGAGAGGAGAAUUUUAGUAGCUGAAGCAUGUGGGGCAUUAUCUCCAUACAUUCCAAAUGAAUUACUGAGCUCGUUAGUGUUAUCAAUGUUACAACAAAUGUUGAUGGAUGAUAAAGAUGACGAUGUUCGGGAAGCUGUGAUACGAAGUCUAGGGCUUAUUGUAGGAUUUAUACAAAAUCCUGAUAAAUAUACCCAGGGUUAUGAGUUAUUAAAGAUGGCAUUAAAAGAUACCUCUGAGAAGGUUGUGAUAGCCACACAGCAUGUGUUUCUGCCAUCGUUUGCUAUGUGGGCGUGUGAUUUGGAUAAACUACAACAUAAUCUUAUACAUAGUAUACUAAGAGAUCUGGAAGAUAUGUGUGCAGCAGGGGCCAAAAGAGCAUCAACAAGUCAGACCAUUCCAUUAAAUGAGGGUCGAUUCUUGUUGUUAUUGUCUUCAUUGAAGGAACUUGUGACAUUCCUUUAUAUAUCUGUGAUAUCAUCUGGGCCUUACCUAGAUAAAGACAUAGAUUGUGAUAUUCCCCAGUUAGAUGAGUUUCAGUUUCCUAAAUCCAGUUCUCCUUUAACAGAUCUGAACGUGAUAAUAGGUGACAGUGAAGAGUUAUCUUCCUUGGUUCACAGAUUUCACAAUCAUCUAUCUCAAGAAUGGUUUGAACCAUGGGAUAGCUUUAAUUGGGUUGUAAAUAAUUUUAUUCCACGUUUAUUAGAAGUUGUAAUGGGGUCAGGAUUAUCUAUGCCAAAGGUCAUAACCCAGUUGUGUUCAUGUUUUCUCACUAUAUCUCGGACGUUUGGCAAAGUAUUUGUAGAGAAAAAGGUUAGACCAAAAUUUAUAGAGCUACUUAUACAGAAUGACGAUGAAGAUGUAAAUUCUUAUAUGAGGAGCAAACAGACAGCAGUAACUACCAGUAUAGUACCAGUUUAUGCAAGUGGAGUUUUAACUGCAUUUAAUUCAGAAGAAGACAAACAGCAACUAUGUCAAUUUUUACAUGAAAUUCUGUGUACAUUAUCAUUAUACCAAGCUCCUUUAGAGAGCCUCAAAUCAGCCAUAUCUGUUUUAAGUUGUGAUUCUACAAACCACGAGCUCUUGUUAACAGUUCUAUGGGAAGGAGUUGUUCACACAUCUGCCCAAGUCAGGGCAUCAGCUGCAAGGUUGUUUGAGCUUCUAGUCAAAGGUGUAAAUGAAAGUCUAGUCUCUUCAAGGGUGUUUCCUGCCUUGGUUACACUUGGAAACGACCCAGAAAUAUUGGUUAGAACGUCCACCAUUCCAGCACUUGGUGCAAUAAUAGAAAAUGUUACUGUUAGAGAGAUGUUAGACAGAGCUUAUAUGCAAUUUUUAACCUUCAUGGACGACCCUGCAUACCGGGAUGAACAUAAAGUUCACCUAGAACUAAUCCAUACCCUUGCAAGAGUGGGACCUAACACAGAACCAAAGUUUAGGGAGGAAUUUAUUUUACCACGAUUGGCAGCAAUGGCCUCAGCUAACAACCACAUGACAGAGGAAAAGAAGAAAAGAGAAAUAGCAUUGGAAUUAUUUGAAGCCUACAGCUCUAUGUCAUGUUGUGUAAUGAAUGACCAGUUGGUACGAGAGACUAUGUUACCAGGGUUACGGUGUUUACAACACGACAUGGUACAGAUAGCACCAGAACAUGAGGAGGUCAUCCAAUCAAUGAUCAGAGAUUACGAGACCAAAAUGGAACUCUCUAGAUCUGACAGAAGUUCAAGUUUUGGACAAUCAAACACUGGAUCUGAUGAUGUGAAAUAUCGUAUGAUGAGCCGAUUAAAAGACACGGCAAACUUAUCCAAUAUAUUUACAAGGAAAAAGUGAAAAUACAAAAUACACAAGUCACAACAUUUAUAUAAGAGGUACAUUUGGAUGCACUCUACAUUGAUUUGAGAUAUCCAAACGUGAAAUUUAAACGAUCUGGUAUUGUAAGAUGUCUUUACUACAGCAGUUGUGUGACAGCUGUUAUCAUUGAAUGUCUUUCAGAAGAGAAGACUGUAGAAGGAGCAAUAUACAAACAGACAAUUUUCCAUAUGCUUUGUUAAAGAUAUUUACUUUUGAUAUAAAAUGUGAUAUUGCAAAUAUUGCAAGAAAAGGGAGAUAAUCCAAGAAUAUUGAUUAUUUUUGUUCAAUAAUAUUUAUUUUUUUGAGUAGACAAUUGUUGUUCACAAAUUUUUUUUAUGACAGAUAGUUUUUAUACAUGACCAAAAUAGGCAUUAAUGGCAUUUAGUAAUUUGCAAAUUGAUUUUGUUUUUUUGUUUUUCCCUCUCAAUUCAGUAAGGAUUGGUGAAAUUUUUUUAAUUGAGUUAUCUUGUUUAGGGUCCAACUGUUGAACUUUUUUUUGUUUCUCAUUUGUGGUAAUAGAGUUAUUAUCCUUCAUAAUACAGAAAAUAACAAUAUUAAGUGUAGCUAAUCCAUAUAUUUUCUAGAGGUCUGAUCAAACUGGACCAGCAUAAUGAUAAUUGAUAAAUCUCUUAUAGGGGAGACAAUACAGUUUUGUUUUUUAACAUUUCUAUUUUAUUUUAAGAUAUGUUGUAAGGUGAAAAGUGACCUUAAAAAAUUAUAAAAUUUAUAAUUAUUUUUAUUUGUCAACUUUUAUAUGUCGGUAUUUUUUGCAAUUAAGUGGUAUUCAUUUAGUUUUGAAUCAGGUUUAGUUAACAUUAGGUAUUUUUAGCAUACAACUGCUAAUUAGUAAUUCACAUCUUCACUGUGUUUUUGCUAUUUUACCAGUAGUAAAUGUGGAUAUUUCUAAUGAUUUCGAAUUUGUGCAUUUUAUACAUCACAAUGCUUAUGUUAUUUAGGUCACAGUAAGGAAAAGUACAGAAUCGAUUGUACAAUGGCAUAAAAUAUCACUAAAGAUUGGCAUAUGCUUUAACUUUUUACAGAGGUUAAGCUCAAUA